ACCCACAGAAAUACAAAUAUAAAACACUAUUGCAACUGUACAGUCAUAAUAUCCAUGCAACAACUAGACUGUCAUACAGUACAAAAGUGCGAUGAGUUCUAUAGAAGUACAAUAUUCAACUGUAUGACAGAACAUGACAAAUGGUAGUCAAUUUUACAGAUAAAUGCUGUUCUUCCACUACCACGACAACAGCCACUACUUCUACUCCUACCACCACCACCAAAGAAACUACCCAUAAAACUACUGCUGCUACUCUUUCUUCAACCAUUGAAACAACUCCUGUACCAUUGACAACUCCUUCCUCUCCCCCCAUUACCUCACCCAGCUCUACUACACCUUCUCCAAUCCCUUCCACCAACACCUUCACAACUCCUGUCCUUACCACUACCACAACUCUCACUACUUCAGCUACCUCUCCUGAUCAGGAAGUCAGUCUUGCUGUGGAGAUUAAUCUGACAGACUACACUGGGAUGAAAGUCUAUGUAUCUGCAACCAAGAUCUCAUUCAACAUCGCAGAGAUUUUGAACCCUGAACUCGAGGUGAACCUGCCCCCCAACCUUCUCUCAGGGCUAAAGCGUAGACACACCCCUGACAUGGUUAAGUUCAUCUUCUCUGUGCUUAAAACCUCACCACCAAAUUGGACCGUAGAGGGACAACUUGGUAAGAUUCUCUUUGGUAUUGAAGUUGAGAACAUAACCAUCUCUCACCUGUCAACACCAUUCAACAUGACCUUCAAACACAAAUCUGAACUACAGGAAAAAGAGAAUACAACGUGUGUCUACCACAACCAGAGUCGAGGUGAAUGGGUCACUGAUGGCUGCCACACCCUGAGGCUCACUAACCAGACCAUCUGUAGCUGUGACCACUUCUCCUUUUUUGCCCUCAUGAUCCCUGAUAUGAAGCUGAGUGAGGUCCAUGCCAGGACACUGAGUGUACUCACCUGUGUGGGCGGAGCCAUCUCUGUGUUCUUCUGCACCAUCACCUUACUGACACACUGUCUUCAGCAUUCACGGAAAUCUACUGACCAUGCCAUGCUGGUUCAUCUCCAGUUGGUGGCAUCUCUGUUGUUACUCAACCUGCUGCUCUUGACCAGUGUGGGUUUGGCCUUUGUGGGCCCUGCAUCUAUGGCCCCUGGCCUGUGUCCUGCUGUGGCCGCCCUGCUGCACUACUCACUGCUCUGCUGCUUCACCUGGAUGGGCCUGGAGGCUCUGCAUCUGUACAGGCUGCUGGUCCUGGUCUACAACACCUACAUGAGACACUACCUGCUGAAGCUGAGCCUGCUGGGCUGGGGUGUUCCUGCUUUGGUUGUAUCCAUAGUCGCCGCUGUCAGUACAGAUUUCUAUGGGCUGAAUAACAGAAUGUGCUGGAUCAAAGACUCUGGUGUGCAGUACGGCUCUGUUGUGGCUUACCUGAUAGUGGUCCUGCUCUUCAAUAGCACCAUCUUCGCCAUCGUCAUCACAACGAUGCUCAAGCUGCGCUCUGUCACGUCGCCGCAGGGGAAGAGGCAGAGCCGCAACACCACCUGCAGCGUUCUUGGGUUGACCUGCAUCCUGGGCCUCACCUGGGGGGUGGGCUUCUUCUCCAUGGGCUACACCAACUAUGUCAUCCUCUACAUCUUUACCAUCCUCAACUCACUGCAGGGGUUCUUCCUGUUCCUAUGGCUCUGCGUUAAGAGACUGCGGGGGGCAGAGCAGAGUUCCAUGACAACUGGACAGAGCUCAAGCACCCACAUUCUCUCCGUUGGAAGCGAGGUCUGGCCCUCUUCUGGAAGAACAAGGCAGUCAGUGCAAGAGGGAGCAAUUGCUGACAAUAUAGCUAAGUUCUGACCAAAAGCUGACUUUAGUUUGUGAUGCUUAAACCUGAAUCUGAAAUUACCUCUAGGAUCUUUCUUUGGGGUUCUAAUCUCCCUGGUGUACAUGCACCGAACAUCCAUAGGCUGGAGCCACCUGGAAGCUCGGUGCAUGUACAUAUAACAGUGUGAACAGUGUGUUAGGCCGAGAAACAUUAUUUAGAUGGCUGUUUUAUUGUUGUUGAAAACUUGAAAUGUACAUAAUGCGAAGGGACCUUGUUUCUAACACACACACACACAAUCACCCUCCCAGACAUUACUGCUUCAAAGAUAACAACCCUAAGGGCAAUAAAAUAGGGGGUUUGGGGCCAUUCUCUUUCAAAAGUUCAAACACAGACCCCCCCAGUUCAACCAGGUACCAAGACAUCAAUCAUCAUGACAACUUCAAAGGAAUAGAUACAAUAUAUGCAAAAAUUAGCACACCCUCUAACGCGUGAGAACAGGAACCGGAUGCCCAUAUAUGGGCAUAAGCACGUGAUCCGUUUCCCGCCAGGAUGUCCUGAAUGGAUGCCCAAAUAUGGGCAGGCACACGUCAUCAUGACAUAGGGUCAUAAAUCAAAAGUUUCACGUGCACCGUCUACUUUAUUCUCUCUGAUGACAGUUCGGUUGUCAUCCGAGACAUUCUCAUCAAUGA